CCCUGGCUGUGAACUAAAUGGCCGCCAACACCCUCAUCCCUACAUUACUUCACUAAUUAUAAUCCACUUAAAGGAGUGAAUAAAGAGUGAAAUUCGGACACUGAGAUGGCCAGAAAUGCUGUAUCUGCCUGAUCAUUUGUCGCGAGCCUCCUCAUUAGUAGCGGUUAGUAUUGGUUGUAGACGUGCAGCUGUGCGUCGUUUGAUUAAACUAGUGCACUUAACCAGUUAUGUCCACUAUGCUUAUGGACACCACAAUAGGGGUCUUCUUCGGACACAGCCCAUGUCUCUUAUGUUGCAGAAAAGCGGAAAAAAGCUCCUUAUCAUGUGAUAUGCCUGUAUGAAUCUGACACAUAUCAACACAUCCACGCAGCAGAAUGACACACGACAACAAGACCGAGAAGUUCAAGAUUCAUCUACCAGAUCUCAAAGAGUUGUGUCAGGUGCUGGAGUUGGGACUGAAUAAGAAUUUUGCUGAUGUUAAAGUAUCUGUCACCGAUUGUCCAGAUCUCACACAAGAGCCUUUUAGGUUUCCUGUUAAAGGUCUGUGUGGAAAACCUCGCAUUACUGAUGUUGGAGGUGUACCUUAUUUGAUUCCACUGGUUCAAGUGGACAAGGUGUACAACAUGAACACUGUGUCUAAGGAGAUAGAGCUGCCUGGUGCAUUUAUGCUUGGUGCCGGUGCCGUCUCAUCUAAGACAGUUGGGAUGAAUGGAGAGUUAAUGCCUCUGGUGCUGACUGAAGCUGAGGGGAGACCUGUGGUGAAUGGUAGUUAUUUCUCCACCGUCAACCCAGUGGAUGGAAAAUGUCUGCAGGAGAAAUACAGCGAGAGGUUCAAUGACUGUGACUUCGGCCUUCUUGCAAACCUCUAUGCAUGUGAGGGUAAACCUGGAAAGGUCAUUGAGGUGAAAGCCUGCAGAAGGACAGGAGAGGAAAGUCUUGUGAGCUGCAUGAGAAAGGCCAUGGAAGAACAUUAUAAGGAGAAAAGUGUUGCUUUGGGGGGAACUUUCAUCAUACGAAAAGGAAAGGCAAAGAUUCACAUCAUGCCACGUGAAUUCUCCUCCUGCCCACUGAAGACGAAUGAGGAUGUUGACAAAUGGCUCAAAUAUUUUGAAGUCAGUGCACCAUUUAUCUGUCAAAGUGUUAUGGUGUCCAAAGACCCAGGUCUUGAUCUGAGAGUGGAGCAUACUCAUGGCUUCAGUCAUCAUGGUGAAGGAGGCCAUUACUACAUAGACACCACACCAGACACAGUCGAGUACCUGGGAUAUUUCCUCCCCGCCGAGUUCAUCUAUAGAAUCGACCGACCGUCUGAGACACACAACGUUGGAAGAGAUUAAACACUGUUUGUCUUUUUACCAUUACAGUUAAAUAAAAACAUUCAAGCCAAAAA